CCUCAAGAUGCAUGUGAAUAGAAUAGCUUGAUUCUGUAACCUUCACCUUUUCUAGUCAUCAAUCCCUUGUCUCUUCCUCCCCAAAGGCAAUUAGUACCCAACUUUCUAAUUAUUAGUGCAUUACCUUUCAUCUUUCUUUGUCCAUACCAACCAAUCCUUAUCUUCCUCAUUGGCUAUUUUAGAACUCAUUAGCAGAUCAGAUCACAAAUCUGUUCCACAUUUGAAGUUUGAGAGAGAAGUAGUGCAGGAAGGCAAGGAUCAGAUAUGUCGGAUUGGGGGCCAGUUUUCAUAGCAGUGGUGCUGUUCAUACUUCUGACUCCAGGGUUGCUGAUUCAGAUACCUGGGAAAAGCCGGUUUGUCGAGUUUGGCAAUUUUCAGACUAGUGGAGUGUCAAUUCUGGUUCAUUCCAUCAUCUACUUUACUCUCAUCUGUAUCUUCUUGUUGGCUAUUGGAGUCCAUAUGUAUAUUGUUCAUGGAUUAGGAAUAUUGAUUCUAACAUCAUAUUCAGAUGUCAAGUUUGAAGCUUUAGACUUGAAGGAAAUGGCGGACUGGGGCCCAGUGCUGAUUGGGGUUGUGCUGUUUAUCCUGCUGCAACCGGGACUACUCUUCUCGUUGCCGGGAAACGGCAAGCAGGUGGAGUUUGGGAGCAUGAAGACCAACGGCAAAGCCAUAGCUGUACACACACUCAUCUUUUUCGCGCUCUAUGCCAUUCUCAUCUUGGCCGUACACGUCCACAUCUACACCGGCUGAUGAUGAUCCGGUACUCUCGCCCAGCUUUUGGAUCUGUGUGUCUCUUUAGCCUUGUCUGAGCUUUUGUUGUUGUAAGUUGUAACUCUUAUUGUUAGUUUUGAAAUGAAGUACGUAUAAAAGCACAGAUCUUUUGUUUCUAGAUUUGAAGAUUGAUGCAGCUCUGGCUUUGAGUUAUUGUGCAUAAUGUUUAUUGUUUUCAUAUGAUCUGGGAUUUGAGAACCCUUUUUCUUUGAUC